UUCUUAUGUCCUAAUUUUCUUUUCAGUACGUUCCUGUUCUUCACUAAGUGCGCCUCAGAAUGGUUUUAUUUACCCGCACAUGUGUACAUUUUCCCCAGAUAGUGGAACUGUCUGCUCUUUCGAAUGCAGACAUGGUUUCUCUGGGAACGGAGGAGUUAGCUCGAUUCUGUGUGGGAAUGAUGGAAACUGGACCAAAAAUGAAUCUUCAAUUUUACAGUGCCUUGAUGUUACCCCACCAGUGUUCAAGAGUAAUUGUCCUUCAGAUAUUCGCGCAAGCAUCAAUGUAAAUUCUACAGCAUUGGUUAAUUGGACGGAGCCUGUCGCUCUGGACAACGACGAUCUGCCACCACAAGUUACAGUUGUUCCGGCAGGGAUCAGCCCACCACACGUCUUCAAUAAAACUACUCUUGUUGUUUACACUGCAAGAGAUGCAAGUGGGAACAAGAAAGAGUGUUCGUUUAAAGUAGUUUUGGAAGAUAAUUUAGGCCCUCAGGUUGUAUAUUGCCCCGCAGACCAGAAAAUUACUGCUACGAAGAUGACAACAACAGUUACGUGGAACGAACCUCAGUUUAAAGACAACAGCAAUAGUCCAUUGGUGAUAACAUGCAGUCAUCAAAGUGGGACUGAGUUUUACUGGGGGACAUGGAAUGUGCAUUGCACAGCUUACGAUGAUAAUCCAGAUAACGACCCAGCUGUUUGCCAGUUUACUAUAACGGUUAAACCGACGAAGUGCAGUGACCUGCCUCCUCCCAAAGGGGGCGCAAAGGCUUGUGACGAUUGGAUGUUUGGAACGUUCUGUUCACCUUUUUGCAGCAACAAAUCGGACUUUGCCCAACCUUUACCUGCGACUAUGUGGGUUUGCGGAGCAAGAGGAACUUGGAUGCCAACCAAUCGUUUUCCAGACUGUACAAAGGUAUACCGCCCCAACAAUGUCAGGAUGGCAAUGGAUUUGCACUACUACUAUGGUGACUGUAAUACGCCAGAAGCCCAGGCUCAAAUAAAACAGAACUUUAUCCAACUGUUAAACGAGUCUUUCUUCAAAGAGGUCUGCCAAGAUCCAGCACUCAAGGACAAGUGCAAGGCAAAAAAUGUGAAAGUAACGUGUGCUGCGGUUGAUUUUGUUAUCAGUAGGAGAAGGCGUUCAGCAGACGAUGUUGGUCAUCAUAGAAGAACUCGACGAUCAAUUCCACGAACCACAGUUACUCUAGAUAUCGUUGUUGACCUUAAUGGCAUUGAAGCAAAUGACACCAAAGAAGGCCAGAUCUUCAUUGGCGAGGAGGGCACAAAAAUUGCCAAAAACAUCAGCAGUCGGAUAAAAGCUGCAGUUGACAACGGCAAUCUCAGUCUGACCAUCAAUGGCACUGACUUCGUAGCUGAUGGAAAUUCAUUCAACAUCUCAGAACCUAAACAAUUCUGUACCAAGGGACAAACAUUUAAUAAAAAGGGAUAUUGCCUAAACUGCACGCUGGGGACUUACUUAGACAGUACCACUGGAAAGUGCGAAGACUGUCCUAUCGGAUCAUACCAAGAGCUCAGUGCACAGGAAGAGUGUGCGAUGUGUCCACCAGGCACUUCCACAACAGACUCCAGAACACAGAAUAGCUCCGACUGCUUAGCUCUCUGUCGACCUGGUUCGCACUCGCCCACCGGAAUGGAGCCCUGUCUUCUUUGUGACAAGGGCUAUUAUCAGUCCAAGGAGGGCCAAAGCUCAUGCUUUAAAUGCAGUCCGAACAAGACAACUUCUGCUGAGGGAUCUAACAGCUCCACACAAUGUAAAGUUCCGUGCCCGGCUGGAUCAUUUUCCCCAACUGGACUGGCCCCAUGUUCUUUAUGCGAUCGACGCUCUUUUCAGCCACGUGAUAAGAGUCGUGUGUGUUUUUCAUGCCCAGGAACAACUGUAACACUGAGACCCGGAUCAAAGAACGCACAAGACUGUAUAGAAAUCGACGAGUGCUAUUCUAACCCUUGUAUCAACAACGCCACGUGUACUGACCUCAUUGGCGAUUUCUUGUGCUCCUGCCAACCUGGUUACACUGGGAAGCAGUGUGCUACUGAUAUUGACGACUGUCAAGAUAAACCAUGUUUUAACAAUGGCACAUGUCAAGACCUGCUCAACGACUACACCUGCUCAUGCGCAUAUGGUUACCGAGGCCCUAACUGCGAAGAGGAUAUAGAUGAGUGCGUUUCUUCGCCGUGUUCAAACAAUGCCUCGUGCAGAAAUCUCCCUGGUGGUUAUCAUUGCCAAUGUGAGCCUGGUUAUACGGGAAGACUGUGUGAUACGGACAUUGAUGAAUGUCUGUUAUCUCCAUGCCAGAAUGGAGCCACUUGCAGAGACAAAAUAAACAACUACGAGUGCGUCUGUCCGGUUGGUUACCAAGGCAACGAUUGCGAAGAGAAUAUCGAUGACUGCGCGAGUGACCCUUGUCAAAACUGGGGCCACUGCCGUGAUGGAAUUGACAGUUACCAAUGCAAUUGUCUUGCAGGAUUUAACGGGACAAAUUGUGAACAUAAUAUCGACGAUUGUGCUGGGGCAGAAUGCAAGAACAACGCUACAUGCUUAGAUCAAAUUAAUGAAUUUUAUUGUAUCUGCGAGAGGGGAUUUUCUGGAUCAGCGUGUGAGUUCAACAUCGAUGAAUGUAUCUCCAGUCCCUGCCAAAAUCAAGCCAGCUGUGUGGAUAUGGUUAAUGCCUAUCGCUGUGACUGUCGCGAUGGUUUUGAUGGAUUACACUGCGAAAACAACAUAGAUGACUGUGCAUCGAGUCCUUGCUCAAACAACGGGUCGUGUCAUGACGGGGUGGACAACUUUACCUGCGUGUGCCCGAUAGGUUUCACAGGUAAAAUAUGCAAUGUGGACAUCGACUACUGCGCCUCGAUGCCCUGCUUGAGCAAUGGAACAUGCUUUGAUGGUACCACUUCCUUUACUUGUCAGUGUCCAGAUGGUUUCGAAGGAGAUCAGUGCCAGAGCAAUAUAGACAACUGUAAGAAUGUCACUUGCUUAAACGACGGCGCUUGCAUUGACGUAAUAGAUGGAUACAAAUGCGCUUGUUCUGACGGCUUUGUUGGUAUUCUCUGCGAAGUAAACAUCGAUGACUGCGGAAAGAAUCCAUGCGCAAACGAUGGAGCUUGUGCUGAUCUCAUAGAUGACUACAGUUGUACUUGCAAAAAGGGAUACACAGGAAAAAACUGCAGCAUUGACAUCGAUGAGUGUGCCAGCUCUCCAUGCGCCAAUAAUGCUACUUGUAUCGACAAAGUGGAUAACUACAAGUGCUCCUGUGCUGAUGGAUUCAGCGGACCACACUGUGAGGUUGAUAUCGACGACUGCGUGCUAAGUUCCUGUGGUAAUGGAUCCACGUGCAGAGACGGAAUGAACAGCUACACUUGCGACUGCGCACCUGGAUUUCUGGGCGAUGAUUGUACAGUGCAAAUCGAUGAGUGCUUGUCUUUCCCUUGUUACUAUGGAGGAACAUGUUAUGAUCAGAUCAACGGAUUUGCUUGUGUCUGUCCUAAUGGAUUGACAGGUCUGCAAUGCGAAGUUAAUAUUGACGACUGCAAAUCCAGUCCGUGUGCAAAUAAUGGCGCGUGCUCAGAUCUAGUGGCAAAUUACACCUGUUCCUGUCCAGAGGGCUUCAACGGCUAUAACUGUGAAAACCGCAUUGACCACUGCAAAGAAACUAACUGCAGUCAAAAUGGCUUCUGCGUUAACUCUCAUAACCAUUUUUACUGCAAUUGUAGCGCUGGCUACUUCGGAGAUUACUGCGAAUUGGAAAUAGACGAGUGUUUACCAAGGCCGUGUUUUAACAACGGAACCUGCCACGAUAAGGUCAACAGUUUCACUUGUUCGUGUGCUGAUGGGUAUACUGGAAGGUACUGUGAGCUUAACAUAGACGACUGUGUCAAUGCCUCUUGUCAAAAUGGCGCUUUUUGUGUUGACCAUAUUCUCGGGUAUUCUUGUCUGUGUCCCGCCGGAUACAAUGGAACCUACUGCCAAACCGAGAUCAACGAAUGUGAAUCGAACCCGUGUAUCAACAAUGGUACCUGCAUUGAUCUGACACCAGGUUACAAGUGUGAAUGUUUGAGUCAGUUUACUGGAGAGAAAUGCCAAAACGUUACAGACGUCUGUCUAUCAAUGCCUUGCCUCAAUCACGGCACGUGUAGGUCUUAUAAUUACUCAGAAGACUUCAGCUGUACGUGCAAAGCUGGCUUCACCGGAGAAAAAUGUGAGGUGGACAUUGACGACUGUGCUUCAGAGCCUUGCAUGCCAAACGCGUAUUGUCAGGAUAUGAUGAAUAGUUACAGCUGUGAAUGCUACCCCUCUUACUCUGGAGACAACUGUGACAUCUUUCUUGGCAGUGACUUUGAUCUCAUUUUCAAACGCAAAAGCAUAGAUGACAUGAUUUUGCUAUCAGAUGGCAAAGGUCUUCCAAACAUGGAUUCUUUCACAAUCGCCCUGUAUCUUCGUGCAGACUCCAGAUACAAUUCAGGAACAUUGUUCAGCUACAGUGUGCCUGAGCAACCAAACCAUAUCAUCGUGCUUUCCUUUACAAAGUCUCAAGUUCAGCUGGAGAUCAAAGAUAGCACAGUAAGUGCAGACUUUGAGUUUACGGACGAUCACUGGCAUUUCUUGGGAGUCGUGUGGCAGGCGAUAACUGGGACUGUCUCGGUGUACGUUGAUAGGGCAGAAAUAAAAAAGGCAAGAGGCGUCAAGACCAACGAUACGAUCAUUGGCGGAGGGUGGGUUGUGCUUGGCCAGCGAUAUCUCGCAGGGGUAAAGAUUUCAAACCUUUCAACAGCUUUUGCCGGCACUAUGCACCAAGUAAGCUUUUGGAAUGUUCCAGCAAGUCCUUUAGACAUGUGGAACGCGGCUCAUAACUGCACGUGGCCUAUCGCAGGAAGUCUGCGUGCAUGGAACAGCUUCCUCUUUGGAGUCAAAGGACAUGUAGAAAAACGAUUCAUGACACAGUGUAAAGCGUUUGACAGGUGCACUGCCAACUGCUCUCACUUCCUCCGAUGCGAGUUUCAUGAGAACGAAUACAACUGUAGUUGUCAACCCGGAUUUUCAGGAACCGACUGUAACAUUAAUAUUGAUGACUGCAGCUCAAAUCCAUGCGUCAAUGGGAAGUGUGUCGACGGUGUGAAUCGCUAUGACUGCGAGUGCAGCAAAGGCUAUUGGGGAGUAAAUUGUGAAAAGAAAAUCAUCAAUGAAGGAGAGUGUCCGGAAUUGAGAGAGCCCGUCAAUGGAAAAAAAUCUUGCCAAAAAGUUGCUGGAGCGAUUUCCUGUACUAUGAACUGCGAUGAAGGUCACUCUUUCAGUGCUGAGGCAGUGACUACCUUUGUCUGCGGCCCUGACACAGAGUGGACCUGGAAUGGCAUCAUGGAUAUGACUAUACCAACCUGCUUAAAAAAUGCCGCGCCCAAGGAAAUAGAACAUCACUUCUCGGUUGAUUUUCCUGGAAUGAAAUGCGAGGACAUCCAGAGUCACGACGAGUUACGCUCGGCACUCAAGAAGAGAUUAAGCAACACACUUUCAACACUCUCUGGAUGUCACUCAUGUAACUUAAAGACCGUCGCAGUUCCUGGAUGUGAAUCGAAAGCCAAUCAAAGGUCAAAACGAGCAGUCGACACAAACGUUAAAGUUCUAUUUUCAAUGGUGUUGUUUAAGGAUAUUAAUUCGUCCUCAUCAGAAGGCAAUGUCGAAGAAAAAAGUGAAGAAGUGUUGUUUCAGAUGCAGUAUGCCGUUGCUGCUGGACAGUUCACGAUAAGCUUACAUGGAAUAAACACCACUGCUCAGAGGUCUUCACUAAAAUAUCUCUUCUCUAAGGUUACUUGCAGUGUUGGCUCUGUCCCAAGCAAUAAUGGAAAGAGAUGUGUGCUUUGUUCUGUCGGAUCAUUUCAUGACCAAAACAGCCUCGAUUGUAAACUAUGUGGUAAAGGCAGCUACCAAGACAAGGAAGGCCGGGCCAGCUGCGAAACAUGUGGCAAGGGAAUGACAACCCUCCGACGUGGAACGACUAACAGUGACGGGUGCAUCGAGUGUAAGAUUGCACUUCAAUAUGUAAAGCAGAAAGUAAUGAUACUUAACGGUUGAUAUGGUAGUCAACAGCAAGAUAGGCGAAGUAUUAGUAUUGUUAUAUAGUAAACCGCCAGAUGACAAUUCUAGUGAGUGGAUCACCUGUUGCUAGGAUGUCUAGCGUUUAGCGUGAGCAAUACAGAUGGCCAAAGUUAAAGAGAUCGCAAAAAACAAAACAAANCA